AUGAAUACGCAAUCUUACGAUCAAAUUUAUUUCAAGUGUUUGGCUAUCGUAAACCAAAAUGAAGAAGAAAUUUCAUUUUGGGGUAACGAAACAUCUGCCUCAUAUUUCUUGCAUUACUCUCACUACAGUUGCUAUGCAGUUGGUGAAUUUGAAAUACCAACAGCUGAUAGCGCCAUGUCCCGCGAUAAUGAAAUUACCCUACAUCUUUCUAAAGAAGACCUAAAGAAGUAUGACGCUACUUUAAAGAGGAGGCCAGCUACAGGGUUUAUCUUAUUUCGCCGACAGAUAAGCCGCAUUUUUCGAAGUUGGAAUUUAUCUUAUAGCUGGGAACGAGUUAGUUAUAUCUCGGCGUGCUUAUGGGAUAUGCUCGUAGCAUGCAAGGCUGAACUGAUUAACAUCAUAAAACGCGUUUAUGACGCGGCUUUGUGGACUCAUAAUAUCAAUAUGCCGUUUGCUUUGUAUGAUCCUAACGCCAAAAAAGAGAAGAAAAGACAAAGAGGACCCAAAACUAAUGACACGAAAAGGAAGCGUGCACCGGCACAUCGUCCUUGCGUUGCAAAUUCCAGCGAACAACUCGUUUAUAACAACGUUCCCAUUCCGUGGAAUUUAAUCGAGGUUCCGCCUACCUUUUUCUCCGGAUAA